UGAGUUUAAUAAUACAUUUACGUUACCAAUGAUUUGGACUUGAUAAAUUAUCAUGAAGCUUUGUCCCAUUUCUGGUUACUUAGAUGUUUUUUAAUAAAAUUACUCACAAUACCCAACAUAAACGAAUCUAGUCAUCCCUUACCAUAUGAACGAAUCUAGUUGUCCCUUACCAUAUUGUAUGGAAAGAAGUUCUUAGCGUAAAAUUCGUCUCCGUCCAUGCCUCAAACUACGCAUCUACCUAUAUUAACAUAGGGAAUCCACUAUACCAGGUCAACGAAAGAUAGAGGAAACCUAGAUCUCCAAAAGAGAGUUUGUAUAGCUUUGAAGAUGGGUGAAAGAUAUCAGGGAAUCAUGAAUAAAAUCCUUGACUAUGUACCAAAGACCGAUCAAAUUUUGUCCCCUGCAGCCUUGGUCAUAUCGGGGACAAUUAUACUGUUAAUGACAGGUUUUACUGCAAUAGUUGUAGUGGUUUUGGUGCCUGUUUUGAUACUUUUAAGCCCUUUAUUGAUACCUAUAGGAGCCCUGCUGUUUGUUACAGUUGCAGGGCUUUUUUCUGUUGGGUUUUUGGGGUUAGUAGCGUUUUUUGGUGUUUCAUGGUUGUAUAACUAUGUAAAUGGCAGGAAGCCUCUUGGUUCUGAUCAGGUAGAUUAUGCAUGCAAGAGGGUAGUUGAUACAGCAAGCCAUGUGAAAGGCUAUGCUUGGGAAUAUGGUGGGUAUUUGCAUGGAAAGCUGCGAGAAGCUGCGCCCGGAGCUUAAAGAAGACUUUCUGUUGCAGUGCAACUCCCUGGUUGCAAGGAUGCACAGUGAUGUUGUGGCUCUAGAUCUGGAUGUGUGCAUGUAUUGUGAUAGCUGUUCAUUUGCUCAUAUGUUUCAUGAAUAAUCUCAUGAGCAUUAUCCUUAUCAUGGAAUGGAUUUUGCUAGAAUUGGACCUCUUUUAUGUAGCCAUUGUACAGGCUUUUACUUCAAUAAACCAUCUUUGCUAGUGGAUUUAUUAAUGA